AUGAGGCUUCUUUCUGCUUUCCUGGUUCUGAUCCUUCCAGGCCUUCUGCCCCCACCACUCGAUGCUCAGGACCCUGCCAUGGUGCACUACAUCUACCAGCGCUUUCAAGUCUUGGAGCGAGGACUGGAAAAAUGCACGCAGGCCACAAGGGCAUACAUUCAAGAAUUCCGAGAGUUUUCCAGAAACAUAUCAGCCUUGGUGGGAAGAUGUCAGAGUCACACAACUGAGUACAAGAGUGCAGUCAAUCACCUGGCACUGAGGGUGGAGCGUGCCCAGCGGGAGAUCGACUACCUGGAGUACCUCCGAGAAUCUGAUGCAUGUGUGGAAUCAGAGGAUGCAACGUUGGCAGAAAAGCUCAUCCAAGAAGCUGAAGAAGAAAAAAAGAUCCACACUCUGCUGAAUACAAGUUGUGACAACAUGCUGAUAGGCAUAAAGUCUCUGAAAAUAGUGAAGAGGACUAUGGAUGCAGAUGGCUCUUGGAUGAAAGAUAUUGUCAAUGACUCCCCCAAGGUUUAUCUCUUAAUUGGAUCCAGAAACAACACUGUUUGGGAAUUUGCAAACAUACGGGCUUUUGUGGAGGAUAGCACCAAACCAGGCCCCCGGAAGCUAAUCCUCACACAUUCCUGGCAGGGAACAGGUCAAGUGGUUCACAAAGGUUUUUUGUUUUUUCACAACCAAGGGACUCCCAAUGAGAUAAUCAAAUACAAUCUGCAGAAGAGGACUGUGGAAGAGCGAGUGCUGCUCCCGGGAGGGGCAGGCAGAGCACGGGUCUACCAGCACUCCCCCGCAACUUUCAUUGACCUGGCUGUGGAUGAGCACGGGCUCUGGGCCAUCCACGCGGGGCCAGGCAUCCAGGGCCAUUUGGUUCUCACAAAAAUUGAGCCUGGCACACUGGGAAUAGAGCAUUCAUGGGAUACUCCCUGUAGAAGCCAGGGUGCCGAAGCCUCGUUUCUCAUCUGUGGGGUCCUCUAUGUGGUCUACAGUUCCGGGGGCCAAGGCCCCCAUCGCAUCACCUGUGUCUUUGAUCCACUGGGCGCUAUCAGAGAGGAGGAUCUGCCCAAUUUGUUCUUCCCCAGGAGGCCGAGAAGUCACUCUGUGAUCCAUUACAACCCCAGAGAUAAACAGCUCUAUGCCUGGAAUGAUGGAAACCAGAUCAUUUACAAACUUCAGACAAAGAGAAAGCAGCCUCGGUAGUGAUGCGUCACAGCAGGAGGAGCUCGGAGGACCUGAAGGCCACUCCCCACCGGAACACAGCGCUGUUCUCAGUGUAGCCUGGGACAAAAUCCAGUAAUGGGAACAUAUCCGUUCCAAGAUAUCACAGUGUUAGGUAACUUCCAGGAUCUGGGAUCAGAAUCCGUCUCCAGAAAAUUUUUGAACUUCCGUUACAC